AUGGGCAAGUCCGGGUCCGGAAAGUCGAGCAUGCGCAGCAUCAUCUUCAGCAACUACAUAGCGCGCGACACUCGAAGAUUAGGCGCCACCAUCGACAUUGACCUCUCCCACGUCAAGUUCCUCGGCAACCUCACCCUCAAUCUCUGGGACUGCGGCGGCCAGGAGGCCUUUAUGGAGAACUACCUCUCCCAGCAGCGCGUCCACGUCUUCUCCAACGUCGGCGUGCUCAUCUACGUCUUCGACAUCGAGUCGCGCGACGUCGACCGCGACCUGGCCACCUACGUCUCCAUCCUCUCUGCCCUGCUGCAGUACUCCCCCGCCGCCAAGAUGUACAUCCUCGUCCACAAGAUGGAUCUCGUUGUGCCUAAUUCCCGCGAGACCGUCUACGAUGAGCGUGUGCGGCUCGUGCGCCAGAAGACGGCCGAGUACGUCAACUCGGUCGGCAUGGACAUUAGCAACGUCGACCUCACGCCCUUUGCCACGUCCAUCUGGGACCAGAGCCUGUAUAAGGCCUGGGCGUCUAUCAUCCAUGAUUUGGUCCCCAACCUCUCCGUCAUUGAGCACAACCUCGCCAACCUCGGUGUUGCCAUCGAGGCUGAGGAGCUUCUCCUCUUCGAACGCACGUCUUUCCUCGCCGUCUCAUCGUGGACCUCUCCCGAGGGCCGGAACAACCCCACAGAAGACCGUCAGGAGCGCAUGUCCAACAUCAUGAAGCACUUCAAGCAGAGCAUAUCACGCUACACCGGUACGCCACGCAAUGCCGAGCAGUUCAUCCGCAUGGAGCACAAGGCUGGCCUACGCUUCAGCCUCUUCAUCCUGAAAUUCACCACCAACACCUACCUCAUGGUGGUGCUGCCGCCUGGGGAAGCACGAUUCAAUGCCGCCAUGCUGAACUGCCAAAUUGCCAUUGAGCAUUUCAAAUUUUUGGAUGCUCCAGCAACCACGCCCACUGCCGCUGCACAAAUGGCUCCACAGGCUUGA